CAACUUCCGGUGACAUUGGGACUUGUAUUUUGGACGAUCGGCAGAACAAACUCGUUAUGCUGCGUCCACAGAGUCUGGCGAGGGUGUUAUCCAAGUGCAAAAAGUCAGGUUCGGUAUCUUUGAGAGUAGCCUCCACAAAAUCUGCCAGUGCGGCUAGGGCAUUCAGCAGAUUCAAAGGAUAUCCUCAAGUUUCAAAAGGAAGUAAUCUUUUAAGAGUGUCAGAGAGCAAUGUAUUCAACAGAUAUUACAGUUCUGCAGACUUGCCCACCCAUUCAAAAGUUGUCCUUCCUGCUUUGUCUCCUACAAUGGAGACAGGAACUAUCAGUAAAUGGCAGAAGAAGGAGGGGGAUAAGGUCUCCGAGGGGGACCUGUUAGCUGACAUUGAGACAGAUAAAGCCACCAUGGGAUUUGAAGCCUCAGAGGAGGGGUACAUUGCCAGGAUAUUUGUGGAGGAGGGUACCAAAGAUAUUCCCAUAGGAAAGCUGUUGUGUAUAAUCGUGGAAGAGGAGGGAGAUAUUGCAGCAUUUAAGGAUUAUGUUCCCAAACCGGAGGAUGACCAACCACCGGGUGGGUCAAAGCCAGCUUCUACACCCCCACCACCCCCUCCACCACCUCCAAAGGCAGCUCCACCACCUCCUCCUCCCAAGGUGACAGCACCACCCCCGCCACCUGUGGCAGCAGCUCCAGUGACACCACCACCACCUGUGGCAGCAGCGCCACAACCUGUAGCAGGUGGUGGAGUCCCAGCCACACCUUAUGCAAAGAAACUUGCAGCAGAGCGUGGAGUGGAUCUUUCUAUGGUGACCGGGUCAGGACAGGGAGGGGUCAUUCAGGCGGAGGACGUCCUAAGAUUCCAGGCCCCAGCAGUACCCUCACCUGUCAUGGCACCAGGGGCGGAGUACACAGACAUUGAGCUAUCAGGCAUGAGAAAGACAAUUGCUAAACGAUUGCUGGAGUCCAAACAGACUGUUCCACAUUACUAUCUGACCAUAGAUGUCAACAUGGAUGGAAUUUUACAGCUUAGAAAGGAGCUGAAUGAUAUUCUCUCCAAGGAUAAAAUUAAGUUGUCAGUAAAUGACUUUAUUAUCAAAGCCUCAGCAUUAGCUUGUAAGAGAGUUCCAGAGGCUAAUUCAUCAUGGCAGGGAGACUUCAUCAGGCAAUACAAUUCUGUUGAUGUUAAUGUUGCUGUGGCUACAGAUGCAGGGUUAAUUACUCCAAUAGUUAGCAGAGCUGAUAUCAAGGGACUUUCAAAUAUCAAUCAAGAUGUACAAUUACUAGCUGCCAAAGCAAAAGAAGGAAGAUUACAACCACAUGAAUUUCAGGGAGGAACAUUCACCAUCUCCAAUUUAGGGAUGUUUGGAAUUAAAUCCUUUUCAGCAGUAAUAAAUCCGCCUCAGGCCUGUAUUUUGGCUGUUGGGGGAGCAGAGAAAAGACUCGUAGUAGAUGAAGAUAGCAAUUCUGGAUACCGAGCUGCUAACAUGAUGUCGGUAACGCUAAGCUGUGACCACAGAGUAGUAGAUGGUGCGGUGGGAGCUCAGUGGUUAGCAGAAUUCAAGAAAUUUAUGGAGAAACCAGAGACCAUGCUAUUAUAGCAGACCCUUUGUUGACGUUCUAGGAAAUUUUAAGAAUUUACAUUAGUGCUUAUGAAUUUUAAGGGAGACAACUCAGUAGACAAUGUAAGUGGAACCUCGGCACACACAAAACUGGAUGAUGCGAAUCUCAUUAUGACAAGUUGUGGGAUAAAUGUUACUGUGUCUUAGGAGUUUUAUAUGUAAACAAGUGCUGUUUGUUUAACAACUGUACAUGUAUAUUUAUUGGCAUACUUUUGACAUAUGCUUGGUUAUAUAAAUGUUCUGGCUUUCAAGUAAGAAUAUUUUGGUCUGGGUCAGUGCAUCAUCUCAGUAUAUAUGUUGAUAUACUGCCAUGCUAUAUUUACAGGUAAAGAAUUAUGUUUAAUAAUUUUUCAUUACUGUUCAUGGAUUUUAAUUGUUUUUUUUUUUAAUGUUAUCAAAAAUAAAUAUAUGUGUACCAAGA